AUGAAAGCUUAUCUGUUUGACCCUGCUCGGCCUGUGGAGCCCACACACUUGAGGAUCGGACCUGUCAGUGCUGCACACAGUCACUGCACAGCCAGGGUGUCUGGACACGGAAAGUACAUCAUCAGAGCAGCACUGACUGACUGUGGAGGCAGAGUGAUGUUCACAGAGAAUGCCAUGCUAUACAACAACAUACUGCUGUACUCUCCUCCUCCAAAAUUACCUGGAGACAACUUUCAAGUGGAAGGAGCUGCCAUUCCUGUACAGUGUAAAUAUAAAAGGAGGUACACAGUGAGCAGCAGAGCCCUGAAAUCGACCUGGAGUCCCCUUAUCUCCAUCCACUCAACUCAUCUCGACCUGGACUUCCAACUCAGACUCAUGACAAAUGACUGGAGCAGUGAGAGAAAGUCAUCUGUUUACUUCCUGGGUGAGAUAGUCCAUAUUGAAGCCUCUGUAGAUCAUAAUCAUCUUCCUCUCCGCCUGUAUGUAGACAGCUGUGUGGCCACUCUGACCUCUGAUGUGAAUUCUUACCCCAGAUACCCCUUCAUAGACCACCAGGGAUGUUUUAAAGACUCCCAGUUGAAUGGCUCCAACUCUCGUUUCCUGCCUCGAAUCCAGGACAAACUCCUCCAGAUUCAACUCGAAUCUUUCCUCUUCCAUCAGGAUCACAGACACACUAUGUAUAUCACAUGUCACCUGGAAGCAGACCCCACUUCAAACAAUAAGGACCUGGAAAAAAAGGCCUGUUCUUUUAUGAGCGGAAGGUGGAGGUCAGUGGAUGGAGAAGACGAUGUGUGUGAGAGCUGUAGCAAGAUUCAAGAGACAAAUCACAGCAACAAUGAUGAGCCCGGCCACAAGAGGGCACCAAGGAGUAAAACAAAGUACAGACUGAAUGAGCUGCAGAAGAAAACUACUGUUGGUCCAAUAAUAUUUCUCCCCAGGAAGGCUGAACACAGUGGAAAUUACAAGCUGUAUUAAAUUUAUUGGGUUUAAUAAAAAUUAUAUUUGUU